GUCCAUCAGUGAUUCAUUUCCCUCCAUUUCCUAACCCCCAAAUAAAAGUUUAAUGGCCGUUUCAUCGCACCACACUUGACUUCUCUUUGGUUUUCUAGGGUUUACAGGUCUCGAUCUGUGCUCUUGCGAAGGUCUAGGGUUUCGUCUCUCACUCGUUGCUUUGACAUGGAUUUUGCAGCCAGAAACCGUAUGUCAAUUAAACUGUGGCCCCCUAGCCAAAGUACCAGGUUAAUGCUUGUGGAGAGAAUGACCACGAAUCUUACCACACCAUCCAUUUUAUCCAGAAAGUAUGGUCUUCUGAGUAAAGAAGAAGCUGAGGAGGAUGCCAAGCAAAUAGAAGUUGUGGCUUUUGCUACUGCAAACCAACACUUUGAGAAGGAACCAGAUGGUGAUGGAAGUUCUGCAGUGCAACUUUAUGCUAAAGAGUCCAGUAAACUUAUGCUGGAAGUUGUAAGAAGAGGCCCUAGAACAAAGGAGGAUGGAGAACUUGUGGUAUCUGAGAAAGCUAAGGUGUCUCAUGAAAAUAUUUUUGAUAUAUCCGGAGGUCGCCGGGCUUUCAUUGAUGCAGGGGAGGCUGAGGAGCUGUUAAAGUCACUAAGGGAGCCUGGAAAUAAAUAUACAAAGAUUUGUUUUAGCAAUAGGAGUUUUGGGUUGGAUGCAGCCCGUGUUGCUGAGCCCAUUUUGUCAUCUCUCAAGGAUCAGUUGACAGAAGUAGACCUAUCAGAUUUUAUCGCAGGAAGGCCAGAGACAGAAGCUCUUGAAGUCAUGUAUAUAUUUUCAUCCGCCCUUGAAGGUUGUGAACUGAGGUAUUUGAACCUUUCCAACAACGCCUUGGGUGAAAAAGGUGUACGGGCAUUUGGGGGGCUCCUAAAGUCACAAAGUCAUUUGGAGGAGCUCUAUCUGAUGAAUGAUGGUAUCUCAGAGGAAGCUGCACGAGCAGUGUGUGAGCUAAUUCCUUCAACCGAGAGACUUAGGGUCCUUCAAUUCCAUAACAAUAUGACUGGAGAUGAAGGGGCAAUUGCCAUUUCUGAACUUGUGAAGAAUUCUCCUGUGCUGGAGGAUUUUCGGUGUUCUUCUACAAGGGUUGACUCUGAAGGUGGUGUUGCCCUUGCUGAAGCACUUGGAACAUGCACCCAUCUGAAGAAGCUUGAUUUGCGUGACAAUAUGUUUGGUGUGGAAGCUGGAGUUGCUUUGAGUAAUGCAAUAUCUGUAUUUGCCAAUCUCACAGAAGUCUAUCUCAGUUAUUUGAAUCUGGAGGAUGAGGGGGCCAUAGCUCUUGCUAAUGCUCUCAAGGAGUCUGCUCCUUCACUUGAAGUUUUGGAGAUGGCUGGAAAUGACAUCACUGUAGAUGCUGUUCCUGCUUUGGUAGCCUGUAUAGCUGUCAAACAGUUUCUCACAAAAUUGAACUUAGCGGAGAAUGAAUUGAAAGAUGAGGGUGCUAUUUUGAUUGCCAAGGUGUUAGAAGAUGGGCAUGACCAGUUGAAUGAAGUUGAUCUAAGCACCAACUCAAUAAGGAGGGCCGGGGCCAGGUGCCUGGCUCAGUCUGUUGUAAGCAAACCAGGUUUGAAGUUGCUAAACAUUAAUGGUAACUUCAUAUCUGAUGAAGGGGUUGAUGAGGUGAAAAAGAUGUUUAAGAGUUCCCCAGAUGUGCUUGGUCCUAUGGAUGAGAAUGAUCCCGAAGGAGAAGACUACGAUGAAGAGGCUGAAGAGGAGAGUGCUGAUAAUGAGGAACAGUUGGAAUUCAAACUAAAGGGCCUUGAUAUCAAGCACGAUGCAUAGAGGUUCGAUUUGUCAGGUGUGCGGGCUUCGCAUCAUUUUCUUCGAAACUUCUCUAGUUCUCAUUUUGUUGUGAUAGGAUAUGGACUAACAGAGUUCAAUGUGUAAACUUAGUCCUGCUGCAGUGGGUAGGCAGUUACUGUAAUCCAUUAGUAGGUUAGUACUGGGAAGAUUCUGUUGUUUUUAUAUUUGCCUUUCAGACUUCAGGACGAAUUAUGCAUUACUGUACUUGGGAACUGGAUUUGUCUCCGGAUAAUGUUGAGCAAUGUGGUGUUGGUUUUUUUUUUUUUUUUU